AUGCUACUGCGCUUUUUGUUGUGUGCUUUGAUUUUGUUUCUGAGUGUACCCCCUCUGUGUGGGACGGCUGAAACGGUUUCUCAAUCCACCGGUUCUUCUCCUCGUGAAUGUCCCCCUACUGGUUCUGAUGAUGGUGCUGCAGACUGUGCUCCUUCUUCUAGUGUUGAAGUUCCUGACACAGAUGACUGCCGUACCAAGGUCGAUAAAUCUCAAUGCAGUAAAACUGCCAGGAACUUACAAGAGGAGCCGCAUCCUGCAGAUCAUGGGGGACCUGGUAGUGAAUUGGUUAACGGAGUUUCGGAGCUCGAGCCAGGUAGAGGAGAAACGGAAAAUACAUUGACUAAAGAAACAGUUGAUCUCAAGGGCCCAAAGACUGAGGCAAUCAAGAGAGAUGCUACACCACCACCACCACCGGGUAAUGGUAGCCAUAGGGACAGUACCAGCGAAAGAACUGAAUUGCCGGCCCAUUCACAACCAGCCGGUCAACAAAGUAACCUUGGUACUGCACAGUCGCAACAGAACACUAUGGAAGUGCAAAGGCCUACAACUACAGGAGAAGAUGAACCUAAAAGUAAUGAUACUACACCCAAUACAGAAUCUGCUGCCCAAACAACCGCACAACCACAAGAAAUUAUUGGACCACAAUCAUCUACUGCCGCUGGUGCUGAGACUCCUGCAUCCCCUUCACCAGAAGGAACUGCAAAUACUGCGGAUGACACUACAACACAUAAUGAGGAAUCAACCACUACCACCACCACAACAACCACAACAACACUUCCUCCUGAGACUGCAAAUAACAAGAAGGGUGAUGCAGACAGCAGCAGCAGUAUGAGCAGUUCUGUGUGGGUGCGUGUACCACUACUGAUUGUGGUUACACUGGCCUGUAUUCUUGUGUGCUGA